AUGUUACUUACGUUACAUAAUGAUGAUAUUAUCCGAUGUCGCUAUGUACUUGGAGCAGCGGGCGAUCUCCGAGCUUCUUGGCGAAUCGGCCAUGGGACUCAGCGCAACUCCAAUAUGUCUGCAGUUUAUCGUUAUAUUAACCCUGGAGGAAAACUAAUUACCCUCGCCCACCUCCCCCCUUUGCAUCUAGCUUCUCGUAUCUGUUGUAGCGCGGUGACUUCUAAUCAGGCUAAUCGCAACGUCGUCGAACUCCUUCGAGAAUAUGAACCGAUAGCUCCAGCUGCCUCUCCAGAGCGUUUCCUCUUUGUCGCAAAGCCUUGCUCCUUCGAUGCCUGGAACAACGAGCCGAACCUCUAUCUGAAUCUACCCUCCCAAUCUGCCCCUUCUUUCCUGCCAAGACAGGUUCAGACUACUCAAGCGCUCACUGAUUUGCGCCACAUAUGCUCUAGUAUAUACCUUUUCACCUGUAUUCACAGCUCGCUAGGUGCUCAAGCCGUCGCCGCAACAAAGAGUGGGAUGGGCGGAUUGUGGUUCCAGCGCGUGCUACAUUCAGAAUUCGGUCUAUACGGAAUUCAAAACACCUCAUCGAGUCGGAACAUUCACGUCAGGCUCCAUCAUCUUACAUUCUCCGAACGACGAGCGAUAAUGGCUUAUUUGCUGGGGCAGGCUUCGAUCAAAGCACUAGUACCGACUAUCUCGCGACUGUAA